AUGGACGAGCUCACGACCAAAAUGUCGAAAACUGCCAUACCACCUAAGACAAUGGUUCUGAAGCGGCCCGACAUUAGUCUCAACCACAUCUCCGAAUUCGUCACGCACAUUCCUCCGCCUGUAGAUGAGCGGACACGAAUCAUUGCAGUCUGUGGGUGUGUGGAUUUUGAAACGGCCUACGAAGUCUUCGACUUCGAUGAAGCAUGGUUGGUUUAUCAGCGACGUUUACGCCUUCAAGCACUUGCUCCAGAAUUCUGGUGCAGCAGCCGAGUGCUGGAUCACGGCCGAAGAGCCCCAGCAUCUGGUGACAAGAUACAACCAAUACCUACAUGCGUCGAAAAUGAUACGUUGGGAAGCAGUUGGUCUCAUAUUAGCACGCUCCCCAUGAUCAGCUUCCAGCAACGGUGGGAGAGCCUCGAAGAGGUCCUUCCGACCGCCGACCCAACAAGUUGGCUGAACCGAGACCCUUCCGCUAGCUCAGAAUUCAGUUCAAGUCAGUCGAGCGCGUCGAGUGAUUGGGAUCUGAGUGAUCUCUUCCAUCGAAUGGGCAGUAUGCCAGCAGCAUGGACGUUAGUAAAGCGACAAGCUCAACAGUACCUCGACAGCCACCCUGGAAGCGAUGAAUCAGCCAACAACAAGAUCCACGGCUUUCUGCGAAUGUUACUGGAUGGGCGGGCGCCGCGCACCAAUGCGAAUCUUCGUGCUGUUGAACAGGUUCUCGCAUUUCGAAUAAGCCUUUCAGCAAUCGUGACGGAGAUGGUCCAAGUCUCCGGACUCGGUCUUCCGGGUGGGAAGGUCUGUUCGGAAUUCAGUAUCGGUGGAUGGGAGCGUCUAUGCAACAAGAAACCCGAUCACAACAUCUCGAAGGCAUAUGACAUAGCUGCCGAUCUGAUAUACUCAAACGUUCUGCCAGACCCUGCCACCCGCGAGCAAGGUGAGCGAUGGAAUAAACCGCAUCGAUACAUUGCUGGCCGCCAUUGCCGCCAAUCCAAGCUUCAACACCACUCGAGAACAGGUGCAGACAGCGGUCAGACUGCUCGAGGCGAUCCAUGA